UCCUUCAUUUCUCUGUCUCCGCGAUCUUCUCCUCCGUUUCUCAUUCGUCCUCACACUUUCAGCUUCUUCCUUCUUCUCCAGCUUUCCUCUUCAAACUUUACCCUCAUUGCAUUUUCUUCUGAACUUCAAUUUUGCAUAAAUAUUUCGAAACUGAAUUUAAUUUUUUAUUUGCUAAAGAAUUAUUGUUCCAAGAUCAAAUCCGAGGAUUCGGAGGUUAGAUUUCAGUCAUUUUCAGAUAUUAUCUGAAGUGAACAAAACAUCCAUUAAGGUGGAAUGACUUCAAGUAUAUAAAUCCUAUGCAUUGAGGAUGAAGGGAGGUUUAAAGGUGCCACGGAUCUCUCUCAUCCUUAUUGGAUUUGUCUGCGCCACUGUUAUUACUCUGGCAUACGUGAAAAGCCCGUUCCUAUCUUCUUGGGCACCAUCUCAAGAUCGUGUCUUCCAGAUUUCUCCAGAUUAUAAAGUGAAAGAUGAAGAAGUUUUAAGAGAACGAAAUAGAUUAGGGAAAUCAGAAGAAAGCGUGAACUUUGAACCCACCAUUUCAAAUUCAUCUACUAAGGGGUCUUCAACAAAGGAUAAGGUGACUGAAGAACUGACUAAUACUGAGAUAGAAGGAAGUGCGGGUAUUCCUCCCAGCUUUGCCCAAAAAGGAUAUUUAAAAGGAGCUUUGGAAGAAAAAAGUAGUUCAAGAGAACAAGAAAAUGAAGUUGCUGGUCCAGUGAAUUCUGCAGACAGCCCUAUAAAAAAUUUGACAUCCGCCUCAAAAGAUCAUGGUUGUAAUUUUGCUAAAGGUAGAUGGGUCACAGAUGAUAGUAGGCCUCUAUAUUCUGGAUUUGGCUGCAAGCAAUGGUUGUCAUCCAUGUGGGCUUGCCGCUUGACACAGCGUAUGGAUUUUGAAUACGAGAAACUACGUUGGAGACCAAGAGAUUGCGAGAUGGAAGAGUUUACAGGUGCUAACUUCCUGAAAAGGAUGGAAAACAAAACUCUGGCUUUUAUUGGGGAUUCCCUCGGUAGACAGCAAUUUCAGUCACUUAUGUGUAUGAUUACUGGUGGUGAAGACAGACCUGAUGUUCUCGACGUGGGACGUGAAUAUGGUCUUGUAAAGGCUCGUGGUGCUAAACGACCUGAUGGAUGGGCUUAUCGAUUUCCGAGUACCCAAACAACUAUUCUUUACUAUUGGUCUGCUAGUCUGUGUAACUUAACACCCAUUAAUGCUUCUAACCCUGCUACUGAUUACGCCAUGCACCUGGAUCGUCCGCCAGCAUUUUUGAGUCGUUUCCUACCCAGAUUUGAUGUCCUUGUGCUAAACACAGGACACCAUUGGAAUAGAGGAAAGCUUAACGCCAACCGGUGGGUCAUGCAUGUUGGUGGCGUUCCUAACACGAACAGGAAAAUUGCUGAUAUUGCUGGUGCCAAGAAUUUUACGAUUCACAGUAUCAUUAAUUGGGUAAAUUCUGAGCUGCCAAAAUACCCUGGUCUUAAAGUAUUUUACCGGUCUAUAUCGCCCAGGCAUUUUUUUAAUGGAGAUUGGAACACUGGAGGCACCUGUGAUAACACUACUCCGCUUGCUGGUGGAAAGGAGGUUCUACAAGAUGAAUCCAGUGAUUCUACUGCAGCAAGGGCAGUAAAAGGAACAGCUGUAAAGCUUUUGGAUAUCACAGCUGUAUCUGAGCUGAGAGAUGAGGGUCAUAUAUCUCGAUACAGCAUCAAAGCAACACCCGGUAUGCAGGAUUGCUUGCAUUGGUGCUUGCCUGGUGUUCCUGAUACAUGGAAUGAAAUUCUUUUUGCUCAACUUUAAUAUUGCAAGACCGGCAAAGGGACACUGCUUGAACAUUGUUCUCUCCCAUCUGAGCAAUCAGGGUCGCCAAUUGGUGCAAAAUACUACAUGAAUUGAACAAUGUCUGGUGGAUUGCCUAUUGGAGCUUCACAGCUUGGAUUCAGGGGAAAUGCCGAACGCGCAGUUGCAUUUGCUUAUCCACCAUAUUUUAGGAGUACAUGACAUACAUUAUUCUUAGAAUUUGUAGAUUGGUAAUAUAAACUGUUGUUCUGCCAUUUGUAGAGACUAGAUUCUUUGAGGGGUUGGGGUACAGGAGAGGCUUGACCCUUGACAUGUACGGUGAAUUCAAAAUGAGUUUGUAAGACAUGGGUGUGUACUUGGAAAGAUGAAAAACUACACAAGUGAUGCUUAAAUAUUUACACUUUGUUAUUAUUAAGAUCAAUAAGUCUUCUUGUGAA